AAAUACGAUUGAAUGGCAAACUGAGAAGAAGAUAAGAAGUAAAAUUUUUUUUCGGUUACUGCUAAUUUUGCUUUUCAACUAAGGUUUUACAACUAGAACACGUGAAAUGGAAUCAGCAAAUGGUAGAAAUCUAGCGCUGCUUGUGCUGUGCCUGUGCGCCUGCUACGCGCUGGCUUUUGAGGGCAAGGAAAUACCGGCCACCAAACUCGGUCAGAGGGUGGCGCCUACAAUGACUUUUCUUUAUUGCUAUUCAUGUGGCUAUCGCAAGGCAUUCGAGGACUAUGUAAAUAUUCUGGUUAAGAAAUAUCCACAGAUUGAGAUUGUGGGCGCCAAUUACGAUCCGCCCGGCAUAAAUUAUUACCUGUCAAAGAUAAUAUUUGCUUUAAAGAUAAUUAUUAUAAUAUCUGUGGUAACUUCGGUGAGUCCCUUCACCUGUUUGGGCUUCAACACGCCUGGCUGGUGGAAUCAUUUGCAAUCAAACAAAAUAUAUGCCUGCAUGAUGAUCUUCUUCCUGGGCAACAUGAUCGAAGGGCAGCUCAUUUCCUCCGGGGCCUUUGAGAUAACAUUAAAUGAUGUGCCUGUUUGGUCUAAAAUACAAACAGGUCGUUUUCCUGCACCUGAAGUGUUAUUCCAAAUCAUCGACAAUCAACUUCAGUUCACCGACAGUGUCCAGGAGAAUCCCGACUUUGUUAAAUAAUAGUAGAUCACCGAAAAUCCAGGGACGGUUCAGAUGAAGCGCCUUCUGUUAUCCACUAGAACAACAACACCAAAAAACUAUACGGAAACGAAAAUUGAAGAAAUACAAAAGGAACUGGACGUGUGGAUAUUUAGUUAUUAAUUAAACUUAACUAAACUAUAUCUUGUCUCUGCGUUACGUAAAAUAGUAUAUUUGUUUAUCUACCAAUUUAUCUGCUGUACUACUGCUCUUAUGUAUAUCUGUGUAAUCUACAAAGCUAUAUAGUAUAAAUAAUGAUAAUGAG